AUGCAAAUUGAUCUCUUUCUUCUCCACAUUUCUUUCUUUGUCUCAGUAAAAGCGAUAGGCUGUUAUCGAUGUGUGUCGCGAGAGGAGAGUCUCUCGCCGAUUGCCCGGACACAAAUCCGAAACCAGAUCGAUACCUUCUUUGUUCCCGUUGAAGCUAGAUCUCCCGGUUGUUCAUCAUCGAUCGACGAGGACACUCCGAAUGUCGAGUUGCAAUUGUGUUCAGUGUAUCCAUUCUGUGUCACACUGACCCCAAAUCUCCCAGAAUCUUCAGAAGCUUCAAAUCCAUACGUGGUUCGCGGUUGCUUCGAGUUGACGUUGCGGAGUCACCUUCGAGAAAGUUUGAUCGCUGAACAGAAUGGUUGCUUCCUCGUGCGUUCUUUUCCGGGUGUUCCUCCGAACGCCACUCUCGACUACAUUAGAUACACUUUGAUGCAAAGAGAAAGUCAAUCACCCGCCUCUCUCUUCACAACGGUUCCCUUCAAUAUG